CAAUUUUCUGUUAUUUUUUAAAAUAUUUUUGGCAGUUCGCGCUUACAUUGUGACAGCAAAGACUGUGCACUGCAAUUAAACCAAACAAAAGACGUAAAUCCCCACUUAAUACUCAAAUGGUUUGCCAAUGAUCUGAUGAAUGACAAUUUCAAUUUAACAGAAUCAACAGAGUUGCCUUCUCAGUUUGAUUACUAUGACAUUCUCUCUGAAAAAAACAGAAAUUUGACCAGUUUGACAUUAACUAAACCCGAAACAAUUACAAUGAAUAAUUCAUUUUCAUCUUAUCGAUAUUAUCCACCGGUAGAGUUUACACCGACAACUCCACCAACAACUUUAGCUAAAUGUAAAAAUUCUAAUGAACAGUCUAACGAUCAGAGAGUACAGAAUGAUUCCCAAUUUAACUAUUAUACUAGAGAUUUAAGAACUGAUUUAAAUACUGAAUGUACGUCGAGCACAUGUGAACCAUUGAAUACUAUAUGUACUGAAACGCAAUUCAUACAAAAUACACCUAACAAUACAUCACAACAAACAAGUAAUACAGUUAUGAAGAAGAAUUUACAAAACAAUAAUACUAUUAGUGAUAUUGACACUCCAAUAUUUCAUGGAAGACAACAUAGUAUGCCCAUAUUUAUGCCAUCUUAUACAACAUUUGAUGAUAAUACACCAAAUAAAAUAGACAACGAAAUAUCAACAGACACAGAGAAUUCACAUGGAUCUAAAGAAAUUAAUCGACUUACAUUAAUUGAUAAAUCAUCUAGACCGGUUGCAACUAGUAUGAUGAGUAAUCCUACAAUUGAUACAGGGACAGGUAUAAAAAAAGCAAGUACAACAACAUCAAAUCCAAAUUCGUUAAACUUAGUUAUCGAUAUUCAUUUACAUGGUGUUGGUUUAUCUGAUAAUCGUAUGACACAAAGUUGUAUACAAGAGAAAGAUUAUGAUCGAUCAGCAGAUGAUAAGCUACUGAGUAAAACAAACUAUAGUAAAUGUUCAAUGGAUGAGCUUUUAACAAAUAUGGAUUUUUGUACACUGAGAUGUAAACCGCAUAGAGCUAUUUCAUUAAUUGAUCAACAAAAUUCAUCUUCACAAUCCUCUUCAUAUGAAUUAAAUACUGGUGAAAGUCGAUUAAGCCAAAGAUUGAAUAAGUUACCAUGGAAUAAACACAAUGAUUAUGCAAACAGAAUAAAUUCGGCCGAUACAAAAUCGGAUAAUGCAAACGAAAACAAAAUGAAAUGUUCAAUUGAUACAAACGGUUGGGAACCACACAUACAUAACCAUAAUUAUAAUAUUAAAUCAGACGACAUUAAAUCACGUAUAAGAAAUCAACAUCAUCAGUUGUAUAAUCACCAUCAUCAACAUUGUAGAGGAUAUGAUCGGUCGAUAUAUACGGAUCAAACGAAUGGGAUAUGUGUUGAUGAUUUACGUAUUCGUCGAACACCAAUGCCUGUUCACAGACAGUUGGUAAAUAAUUCGCAAGGUAAUAACUCGAAGUUAUCUACUGUCAGUCGAUAUCCUACAAUGCCGAAUAUAAAUAAUUCAUCGAAAAACGUUGAUUAUAUUGAGUCGAAUUCAGGAACAUUUUCACAGUCAGUUGAUAUUCCAUUAUUGAUUCGAUUACUUCAAUCAUCUGAUCCAGAUGUUGUAUCAAAUGCAGCUGCUUACUUACAACAUUUAGUUUAUCGUAAUCCAAGUUUAAAAGAGAAAACACGACUGUCUGGUGGUAUAUCAGCUUUAGUUCAGUUACUCUAUUCAGAUCACACACGUAUUUGCCUUAAUGCAGUUGGAGUGUUACGUAAUAUGACAUGCGGGGAUACCUUAGCCAUAAAAAAAGAAUUGGAACGAGUUGGUGGUAUACGUGCAUUAGCUUGGUUAAUUGAAAACCGUCAAGUCUAUGGAUCAACCACAGAUUCAUUCAAAGAUUUAAAUUAUGGAAUGUCCAGUAAUUCAAGUCAUUGUCAUUUGAAUGGCACUGAAUACGAUGAUCUACAUCAGGCUGUUAAGUCAAUUUUAGAGAAUGCCGCUUCUGUUCUAUGUAAUUUAGCAUCAGUAAGUUGGUUAAAACGAAGUGUUUUACAAGAAGCAUUAAUUCCAAGUUUGUUGAAUGUUAUUAUUGUGCCAGCAGCAACAGAAACAUCUAUCUAUGCAUCAAAAGAUAACGGAGCUCAGUCAAUUAUUAAUAGUAUUCUGUUUCGUAUUGUUACAUCCCUGAUACGAAAUAUAAGCAGUUCUGAAGAUGAUGAUGUCAGAGAAAAAAUGCGUCAGUGCCCUCAACUUGCAACUAGUCUUUUCAGUAUAUUACGUUAUGCAGUAGAACAUCAAUUAUACGAUAAGCGAUCAAUAGAACAUUGUGUUUGCACGAUUCGUAAUUUAUGCUAUGGUUUGCAACAGAGACAACAGAUACAACAAUCACCAUCUCAAUCUUCUGUUACAUCGUCAAGUCAAGACAGUAAAUUUCAAGCGAAAUCACGCAAUGGUUCAUUAUUAAGAAUUAAAUCAACCAGUCUUGUAAGCGGUAAAAAGUCAAAGGGAUUGACAGAAAUCGAAACGAACCCUGAAUCAUUAAAUAAAUCAACUAAUCACUCGAAAACCGAAAAUAUCCCUUCACCAUAUGGAGAUAUAGAUUCAGUAAGAACAUUGAUCUAUUUAAUACAAUAUAGUUCAAAUCCGUAUACGCUGGAAGCUGCUGCUGGUUCACUACAAAAUUUAACUGCAGGGCAUGGAAGUUCAAGUGAACAGAUACGAGAAAUUAUUCGUUUAAAUCAUGGACUUCCAUUACUUGUAGAAUUGUUAAAUAAUUCAAUGCGUAAUGUUGUUGCAACUGCAGCUAAUGCAUUACGUAAUUCUGCAUUAGAUCCAAUUAGUUGUAGUCUACUUGGUAAAUAUGCAUUAAAUCGUAUUAUACAAGCAUUAGAUCAACAUUCAUGUGGAAUUGCAUUAAAUCUACAUUCUAAUGAGUAUAAAACACACUUAAACAAACUAAAUACAAUGAAUAAUAAUCAUAAUAAUAACAAUUAUUAUAACAAUAAUUCUGAAUGGCAAAUACCAAUACAAACAUCAAAUGUAAUGAAUAAAUCAGUAUGUUUAACAAAUCAUGAAUAUACACAAUUUGGCGAAGAGAAUAAAUCUAAUAUACAGAAACAAUGUACAACUGCCCUAUUAAGUUUAUGUUGUGUUAUAAUACAUAAAAAAUUGGAAAAUGCCAGACGUUUUGUUACACUAGGAGGAGUUGAGAAAUGUCAAGAAUUAUUAAAAAUUUGCCUUAAUAAUGGUCAUUUAAUAAGAUUUAAUUGUACUGAACAAUUAGUCAAUGAAGAUAAAACUACUCAAACUGUUAUUAAACUUAUACGUCAACUAUUGUUUAUGUUAUGGGAAUUUUCUGAAUUGCGUCCAAUUUAUAAAUUGGCUGGAUGGAAUGAAACAGAUUUCUGUAUUCAUAAACGCAAUCGUUUAGCAAGUUUAAUAAGACGACGAUCAAAAAAAGCAGAACUACCACGUAAACGAGUGAAUUCCGAUUUCAGACAGUAUACAAAUGGUAGUGUUAGUGAUUCUGAAGAAUGUAAACGUCAAACAUUUGCCUAUUCAAAUAGAACUAAAAAUAAUGAAUUUAUUUUUGAUGAGUUUAAAAAUAAUUGUGAAGAUUUGAGUGAAUCAGUAUACAGUUUACAUGGUGGUCAACUAACAUCAUCUUAUUAUAUUCCAGCCCAAACAAUUGUUCAUGAAUCAUAUAAUCCGGAUGAAUUAAAUUCUUAUCGUCAAGAUAGAACACAUGCAGUUUAUAUUGCAGAAGGAGAUAUAAAUGCCAUGUCCAAAGAUAAUCACAAUAAUGUUUUUGAAAUGAUUAAUUUGUAAAAAAUUUUUUUUGUAAAUUCUAUAUCUUUCAUAAUCGUAAUGUGAAUAACUAAUUAGAUUUUACGUCAGUUUUUUUGUUGUUGUUGACGAAUAAAUCUUUUUUUUGUUUUUAGUCAUAACUAAUCUAAUCAAUAUUUCCGUACCAUUUCGUUAAAUAAGAAUAUAUAUAUUUGUAAAAUAAAAGUUUAAAUGCAUAAGUUGGUGUAAAAUGUUCAAGGAACCUAGAGUUGUCUAACUGCUUACAUACUUACGCCUGUUACUCCUCAUGAAGGAGUAUAGUCCGCUCACCAGCAUUCUCCAUACAACCCUGUCCUGGGCAAAGAGUUUUCUAAUAAUAUGUCAUUGUUGAAAAUUAUACCAAUUUGAGUGUGGACCUAUAAUGUAGUCCAAGAAUUACCGUUCAAGUGUACUUUAUUUGUCAGUUAGCGUUAAUCAUCCUAUUAAGUUUUAUAUCACUAUUUAAUAAGAACAUUAGUACUGGUUAGUGUAUAAGUGCACUUAUCUGUUUACUCUGUAUUAUUUGAAGAAACGUGAACACUAAACUUCAGUGUUUUAUAUUAUCUAUCAAUUAUUCAUAUUGACUAAUUUCAUAUUAUUAAUCAAUUUUAUUUAAUUUUCUACAAUUUACACAUACUUAUUCACAAAGAUCUCAAAUUUUGUUACGAUGUGAUGUAAUUUCUGCCAAAUUUCUUUGGAAAAACUAACAGAAUUAAAUACAGUUUGUUGUGUAUAAUUUAAUGUCAUUUUGAACACUUUCAAGAAUUUAAAAUGCUAUUACUUCACUUAUGGUUUAUCGUUUCAAGUAUAUGUAAGUACGUUUAUAAUCCAACAAAUCUAUCCUUUUUUUCCCAAUAAUUAAAAAAAAAAUACAUUGAAUUUUAUUUAAAAAAGUUUGUAUUUAAUCCAUAUAAAUGGUCAGCAAAAAGUUUUUUCAAUUUAAAGGAAAAAACUUUUAUUGCUAGUUAAAACCCAGGAAAAAAUUGUAGGUUGGAUCAAAUAGACCAUUAAAUUUUACACUCAUUGAUCUUAGAGAUUAGUGUUUCAACUAUGUGACAUAAAAGGCUUUGACUCAAUUUCCUAGCGGCUUUUAUUGUAAACUAGGAUGAAACAGUUUUUCGGUUUGUUUGAGUUUUCAGCUUCUGUAAUUUCAUAUCAAAUUCAUGUAUAAUUUCAAGAAUGAGAUGGUUACCCACCUGCUUCACUGGCUGAUGGUUAAGCAGUAUCUCGAAUUGACUGAUGUUAAUAAUAUGCACCGUUGGAUAUCAACUGAUCUAAAUACCAAGCACUCAUCAUUGAAAAUGAGGACUCCGGGUUUAACUAUCUGCUGGUUUUAUGAAUUCAUCUUGAUGGGCUAUCCUAAACUAAGAUGAAAUAGUUUCUUAGUGCUGUCUGGUAACCAAUGACUUUAUAACUAGGAUCAGUAUGUAAUGCAAACUGGAAAAUUUGAAAAUUUACACAAACUCUCGAUGUCAAUAUCACAUAUAACUUAUUGAUAAAGCACAGAUCAUUUUUCGGAACGGUGAGUACAUGUUUCUCUUACUUUGAUGAAGCUAUCUAGGGACUAAAUACUUUAGUUUCUCAUAGAAUUUUAUUGUAUUUGGAUAAUUUCUUAAUGAAACCCAUAAAUAGCUGAUGAUCCGAAGUUCAGAAGUACAAGUUUGUUAGAAUUUAAAUGAACGAAUCAAAUUACCAUGCGCUAUCGAAAGACUAAAUAUAUUAUUCAACCACAAAAUAACAAAUAGAAUCUACUACUAACCUAUAUUUGCUCAGAAUAAGCGACUUAAGUCUCAAAACGUCAGAAAUUCUGAUUUCAGGGAUAUCACAUAUAUAUCAUUAUUUAAUAAGUUAUGUUGAUCUGUAACUUAUUUAUUUAAAUAUGUUGAGAGUAAUACAGUAGAUAAGGAUUAUGCCAAAUAGUAAAUUGAUCAAACUUGGAUUACAUCUGGUUUUCCGCCAGUCCAAUACAGUCUAGGUUCACUUCUGUGUAAAAUUUGUUUCUGAAGUUCUUUUGAACGAUUAUUUAAUGCUUCUAUUAAAUGGUUUCUAAUAAAAAUCACCUCUAACUGUAUUUUAAUUAUUUCACUGGAGAAGGUUGAAUAAAUUUUCUUGGCGACAUGUAAGAAAUAUUCAAAUUCCAGUUGCUGACAUUAUUCCAAAUAUAUUUUUACAGUCAUAACUGGGCUAAGAGACAGUAAAUGUCAGUUGGUGAAAAUGGUUUUCAUUUGGAUUAGAUGUUGUCAAAUGAAAAAAGAAAAGAUUGUUAAAUACGAUAGAGAUUCAGAAGUAAACAAUGAUCUCAUACUGAACUAUAAAUAUCUGAAUGCGGAAUAUUCAUUGCAAUAAAUUCAAAUUAGAUUCUAGAGUUGUAAAUAUAAGUUACUUAAUAAAGUGAUUAGUUAAAACAAAUAAUAUAUCAUUUUAAAACAUUUGGAAAUGAAUUCAGGAUUGUCAGUAAAGUACGUUUGUUAGCUGACGUUGCUUGGUGUUAAAGCAAUCAAUAUGCCAUUUGUAAUCGAGUCAGUAUGUGAGUCGACUGAAAUCGUAAGAUUAAUUAUCUGAAUAUUUAUAAAUGUUAACGUGAGAAAUAUGGUAAUAUAAGUACUAAGAAGAUCAAAUGUUUCGCCAAGGAUUAUAGAAUGUACGGAAUUAUGUCAGUCAAAAGAUAGAAAAAAGGAAUGAGUGAUGAAUGUGUUCUUUACGCUUAUACAAAAUUAACAGCAAUUAAACUUGAUUUAAAUCAUAAAGCUAUAUAUAGAAAAUGUUUAAAUUAAUUGAACUGGAUAGUUGUGAGUUUUAGAUGCAUGUUAAAUUAUUGGCAAAGAGAAGAGCAACGGUUGAAUAUGCUUCUUCUGACAACCUAUCUUCAGCUUACCGAUUAUAGUUCCUAUUACAUCUAUCGUAUGAAACAUUGAGUCUGGCAUCUGUUGGAAGAUUUCUAUUAACACCGUACGCUAAUGUAAAUGACUGAUUUGUGCUCGCCGUGUGGACUGUUUAAAUUAAAUAGGCUAAAAGUAAACACAUGCUUAAUCACGUUGGUAUAUGUCGAUGAGCAGCAAUAUGUAAAUUUCUUCGACGUGCUUUUGAAAGACGAAAACUUGUUGAUUUCGAAACCGGAUAAAGUUUCAGGAGCGAUUCUUUUCUAUAAAGUAAUUAGACCGACAAAAUUCAUAUCGUCUUCAAUGAUCAGUGAAAAUUUCCGAAACUAAGUGACCUGAAAGAAUCCAGUAUUAUGACAAACGGUGAUCGUAUUUGACAUAUAAAGAGACUAAAAAAUCAGCUGACUUUCCCAGGCUUAAACAUAACAAUAAAAACGAUAUAAUUUGCCAAAAUGUACAUAAACCAAGUAUUCCAUUAAGAAAUCCUCAUCAUUCAAAAUUCCGUCACAUAGUACAUUAAUGAAGAGGUUAGUUAUCGUUCUGAAACUCGUUUAAAAAUUGAUUCUAAAAGGAGAGUAUUAAAGAUAAAUGCGAAUUUGUUGAAAAUCAUAAAUGAUUUAAGCAAAAGCAAAUUGUAGUAUCCUUAGAUGCAAUACUGUUGUUCAUAAACUUUCUCUUCACCAAGAAAAUCGAUUAUUUAUUUGAGCUGUUUACUGAAAAGGAAAUCAAAUGAAAGGCAGAAUAUUAUGUUUUCAGUGUUUUACCAAAACGAAAUACAAACUGACUAAUAAAGAACCUGUGCCGGAAGAACAAAAUACAUAUAUAUUUAGUUUUAUACGUCUGAACUAAAUGUAUAUAAUGGUUCCGACUUUUUUGCUGACUGACUUUUCCCAACAACAGAUUAUAACUGUUUAUUCAGUUUCGCCAAAUGUAUGAACUCUCUACACAGUUGAAAAUAUUAUAAGUGUGGGAUGAGCUUUUAAAGUUGGCAAAGUAUUUCACUGUAACAGACAAAAUUCAUUGCUUAAUAAAAUGUCCAAUAUCUGUUUAUAAGUUUACUUUUAGUUAAGUUUGCUGAACGUAUGUAUUAUAAAUCAGUUUUAUUAUUGUAUAUCCUUCAAUU